CACUUCCUCACACAGUCAGGGCAUUGAUGAAAGUUGCUCUCUCCUGUUGUGUGUGUGUUGCGGCUCAGUCUAAAUGCAGAUGAGGACGCUGUUUUUUCGGAUCGUCAUCAUGUGUAUAUCUGAUCCGUGGCUGCCAUGUUGAAGCAGUCAUUGGAUAUCAGGUUGUUCCCAGUGAAGGAGUCAAGUCUUCACGGGUUCAGCUUCUCCUUCCUCUCCUUCCUCUCCUGCUCUUCACCUCCUCUGUUUCUCUGCAGCAGUUUCUCAACAGUUUUCCACCAUGAGAAACAUCCCGGGCUGCGUUCAAGCCGCAUGACACACCUGGGCACCGACUAAGUGCUGGGAGCCUCCACACCUGCGGCCAUGGUGCGUUCACUGACGCUGUGUUUGUUGGCGCUUUUUCAGCUCGGUCAUGCCAGAGUCUACACCAACGACUGGGCAAUUAGAAUAAGAGGAGACUUUCAUUAUGUGAACAGAACUGCAGAGAAAUAUGGAUUCACCAACAUGGGUCAGAUUGGAGACCUGAAGCGUUAUUACAGAUUUCGCCAUCAAGAGACAGUGAAGCGCUCCAGUGUGUCCAACGAAGAGGUGACUGUUAGCGUUGCCAAGGAGACCAAGGUGGAAUGGCUCCAGCAGCAGGUGGUCCAGAGAAGAGUCAAGAGGAACUCCAGAGCAAGUCACAUCUCAGCAGAAAUGAAACCCAAACGCCCUCCCGCUGCCUGGACCCUGUCCAGCCGCACCCAGACACUGCGCUUCAAUGACCCAGUGUGGAACAGCCUGUGGUACAUUCAUUGCAGCGGCGAGGCCAAAGGCUGCCUGUCUCACAUGAACAUCGCGGCGGCCUGGACGAGGGGCUACACGGGGAAGGGUGUGGUGGUGUCUGUCCUAGAUGAUGGCAUUGAGAGAGAGCAUCCGGAUCUGAAGCCAAAUUAUGAUCCUCUCGCCAGCUAUGAUGUGAACGGACAAGACCCAGAUCCCUCUCCGGAUCACUCAGGCGACGCUGAUAACUCCCAUGGGACUCAGUGUGCAGGGAUGGUUGUUGCCACUGCGAAUAACUCUGAGUGCACGAUUGGAGUCUCUUUCCAUGCACGGAUAGGCGGCAUCCGCAUGCUGGAUGGAGAUGUGACAGACAUCAUAGAGGCCCACUCUCUGAGCUUCAGACCUCAGUAUAUUGAUAUUUACUUAGCUAGCUGGGGGCCAGAGGAUGACGGAGCCACUUUGGAGGGACCAGGGCCUCUGACUCAUCUCGCUUUACAGAAUGGCGUCAAAACAGGCCGACAGGGGAGGGGCUCUGUUUUCGUCUGGGCUUCGGGGAACGGAGGGCAGAGAGGUGACCACUGCUCCUGUGACGGCUACAGCAACAGUAUCUACACCAUCUCUAUCAGCAGCAGCACUUGGCGUGGAAGCCGGCCAGAUUACCUGGAGCAGUGUGCCUCCACGCUGGCGACAGCUUACACUGGUGGAGACGCAGAGGAGAUGAUAACGCUGGGCCCGCAGCAGAGCUGUCGCUGGGCUCAGUCUGGCUCCUCCCUCUCUUCCUCCAUGGCUGCAGGUGUCAUCGCUCUUGCUUUGGACGCCAACCCCUCACUAACCUGGAGGGAUGUGCAGCACAUUAUCGUUCGCACAUCAAAAGCUCAUCAUCUCAUUGCUCCUGACUGGGCCGUUAAUGGAGCCGGAUACGAAGUGAGCCACCUGUACGGCUUUGGCCUGCUGGAUGCUGAGGGCCUGGUGAAGGAGGCUGAGCGAUGGAAGCAAGUUCCCUCGCAGCACGAGUGUGCAGAGGAGGCUCCCAUCCAGCCGGGCAGAGCCAUUCAUCCAGGCUCGGUGCUGACGUCUACCUAUGAGGCCACGGGCUGCUCCACCGAACCCCGGCAGCAGGUUGUUUAUGUGGAGCAUGUCGUCGUUCGUGUUACCAUCACUCAUGGCCGUCGCGGCGACCUUUCUAUUAAGCUCACUUCACCUUCGGGCACAGUGUCGCAGCUGCUAGCUAACAGGCCUCUCGACGACUCCACAGAGGGAUUCCACAACUGGGAAUUGAUGACGACUCACUGCUGGGGGGAGCAGGCAGCCGGGGAAUGGACGUUGAAAAUCAAAGAUACUCCCUCUCAGAAGAGAGACAACGCUGACCUAGGGAUGCUGAAGGAGUGGUCCCUGCUGAUUUAUGGCACCGCAGAGCAGCCGUACCCCGCGCAUCGUGAGCGAGCCCGAUCAGCGGAGAUGCUGACAGAUAGUGACCUCACUGAAGAAUACAGUGGACCCUGCGACCCAGAAUGUAGUGACGAUGGCUGCGAGGGGCCGAGCCCGCAGCAGUGCGUCACGUGCUUACACUUCUUUCUCAAGUUCAAGAACGGCACAAGGAUGUGUUUGUCGGAGUGUCCCAAGGGAUUCUGGGGCGACCGCCGGCGUUGCAAGAGGUGCUACUACUCCUGCGAGAGCUGCACCGGGAGCCGCAGCGACCAGUGCACUACCUGUCAGCCUGGUCACCACCUGACUGAGGGGACCAGCACCUGCACAGCCGUCUGUGGGGACAACUACUACCUCGACCAUGAAGCAAACAUGUGCAGGAAGUGCGGCGAGAACUGCGUGAAGUGUACCUCCUUCAGCAUCUGCACAGAAUGCAGUCCAGACACAAGUCUGCAAGGGAAUCGGUGCCAGCGGAGCUGCGAGCCCGGAUUUUACCACGACAGGCAGGGAGGCACGUGCGAGCCCUGUCACAAGGCCUGUGCUACCUGUGCAGGUGCAGGUGUUGAAGCAUGCAAUCGUUGUGCAGAGGGCUACUUGCUGGAGGAGUGGAGGUGUGUGUCCUCCUGCAGUGCGAGCUUCUACGCCACAGAGCCAAGCCCAGAGAUAGCUGAUGGGCACAGGAUAUGUAGGAGGUGUGACGCCAGCUGUCUCACCUGUGUGGGGCCGAGCCGGGGGAACUGCAGCGGUUGCUCCAGCGGUCACAGGCUGCAGGAGGGAGUGUGUGUUGUAGACACUGUGUGCACAGACGGAGAGUACCAGGACAGUGACGGGAAGUGCCACACGUGCGAUGCAACGUGUCUGAAGUGCACAGGGCCGCGCAGCGAGGAUUGCAUCAGCUGUGUCUCUUCACGGGCUCUGGACGAGGGCGUCUGCGUGAUGGAGUGCGCAAAGGGCAAGUACCAGUCAGGUGGCCGGUGUCACCUGUGUGACCACACCUGUGCCACCUGUACGGAUGCAGCGCCUGCCAGCUGCACCAGCUGUGACACUGAUAAGUUUGGAGUGGAGCGUUACCUGUAUAAAGGUCAGUGUCUGGAUGCGUGUCCAGAGGCCUUCUACCACACCAAGGAGAGGAGCUGUGAGCCGUGCUCCGACCACUGCCGGCUCUGCACCAGCCCCAGCCACUGCCUCAGGUGUAACUCCUCCUACUACGUCUCUGAUGGAGCGUGUGUGAAGCUGGAGUGUGGAGAAGGGGAGGUAGAAGAUCCGGAUUAUGACGACUGCAUGGCGUGUGAGGAGGGCUGCAGCAAGUGUGUCCUGUAUAACCCCAGGCAUUGUCUGUCCUGCACUGAGGGCUUUUACAAUUUCCAGGAUGGCUGCUACAAAAACUGCCCAGCUAAGACAUACAGCGUGGACCAGGAGAUGACCUGCGUCCCGUGUGAUGACAGCUGUGUGAGCUGUGAUGAGCAUGAGUGCUACUGGUGUGAGACGGACCUCUUCUUAUCAGAGGGGAGGUGUGUUUCAGUGUGUCCCGAUGGUUUCUAUGGUGACGAAGACACCAACGACUGUGAGGAGUGUCACUCAGACUGUGUGACGUGCAGCGGCCCGGAGGACAGCGACUGUCUGUCAUGCGAGGAGGGGGAGACGCUAGAAAACGGAGCAUGUGUGUUUGACCACAAGGUCUGUCCCGUUAAGACCUUCCUCACCGAUGAGGGCGAGUGUGACGACUGCCACCCAUCCUGCGAGUCCUGCUCCGGAGAGGAGAUAAACCGGUGUACAAAAUGUGCCAAAGGGCAUUUUUUGACCACACAGCAAACAUGUGUGUCGAAGUGUCCGGGGGGUUUCUUUGCCAGUCGGCUGAGCGGUGUGUGCGCGGCCUGCCCUCCGGGCUGUUUGCAAUGUGUGGACACUCAUCGCUGCACCCGCUGUCAGAGCACUCGCAAGGCUCCGUUAUUCCUGCAGGACGGACAGUGUGUCCAGCAGUGUGUCAGGGGUUAUCCUGCAGGCCAGGUGUGUCGUAGCUGCGCGGCGGGCUGUGCGUCCUGUGGGAGGAACGCCACUCACUGUCUCAGCUGUGACGAACCUCUCAUCCUGCACGAGCACCAGUGUGUGGAGGACUGUCCUUCAGCGCACUUUGUCCAGGACAGGGAGUGCCAACGCUGCCCCUCGGCCUGUCAGGAGUGCAGCCCACUCGGGCAGUGCACAGGCUGUGAGGAGUAUCACUUUCUCCACGAGGGACGCUGUGUGCCAGACUGUCCCGAGAAGUUCUUUGAGGACAAAGAGCGACGGGAGUGUUUGGGUUGCAACCCUGACUGCGCUCUGUGCGACGGGCCGAACGCCGACGACUGUGAUGCCUGCACUGACUCUGAGGCCACCCUGCACAACGGGGCAUGUCUGGCAGCCUGCUCCUCCCACACCUACAGGGACACCGUGACAGGGGAGUGCAAAGGAAAAGAUUCCUUCUCCUGUGACUCAUGCUACGCUGGAUACCUGCUCUCAGAUGGAACGUGCGAGUCCUUGUGCGACAUCGGCCAGUUUCCUGUUAUAAAGGCUUUAGGCCACGCUUGUGAGGACUGCGACAUGUCCUGUCUCCAGUGCCGGGGCCCCGGUCCAACCAACUGCACCAUGUGUCCUGCUCAGGCCAUCUUAGAAGCUGGAGGGCGCUGUCUGCUGUGUUGCCGCCACGAGGAAGUGGAAGAGGAGGCCGCAACGCAGCAGCAGGACUGUUGUAACUGCACUGAGACUCGAGGCGAGUGCGUCCUCAGCACCAACUUGGCGUUCACGAACGAGGAGGGGGAGCAGGCCAGAGGGAACCUGACCGUCUUCAUCAUCGCCAGCGUCCUGCUUGUGCUGGCACUGGUGGCCGUCGUCUUCCUCAUCAGACACUCCCGCUCCAAGAGAGCUCCCCCGGACAUCACUCCCCGCGGCUACGAGAAGCUGGGCUCCGGCGGGGGAUACGGAGGCGCGCACCGAGGCUUCAGCUCUGCUUCUCACAGCGGCCGUGCCAGCUCCUCCUCCGGCGGCCGCUUCCAGGAGUCUCAGCUAGUUGACAUCAGUGAUCGUCGCUCACGUGGUAAGGAGGAUGACGACGAUGAUGAAGAUGAUGAUGAGGACAUUGUUUACAUGGGGCAGGAUGGCACCGUGUACAGGAAGUUUCGUUACGGACAACUUGGAGAGGACAAGGACGACGAGCUGGAGUACGACGAUGAGAGCUACACGUUCCGGUGAAGCUCAAAGAAAAGAUCCCAUCUUUCUCCUCUGGACUCUUCUCCCUUUUGAUUCAUUUCACUCUGUGCUGUUUAUCUGCUCCUGCC